GGCCCUCCUUCCGGCCAAGGGACUCUGAGAAGCGGCUGGGCUGAGGCUGUAGGCUAGCGUCCUGGGACCCCCCUGAGUCGGCGUUCGGGCCGCAGCACGGGGACCCCCGGGGACGUGUCGCGGCCUGUGGGAGAGCGAGUCCCGGCGUCGGCGGGGGAGACAGGCAGCAGGGAAGAGUGCCCAGCUGGCCCGGGGAAGCGGCGAAGCCGCUCCCCUGACCAGUGGGAGCAGGGGCUGCCGGAGCCGGGCCAGGCCGGCGGGGCUCUGCGGCCCAGGCCUCCUCCCAGGCCGGCCCCUCUCCAGGCUGGCGCAGACGGAGAUGCCCGGGACGAGGAAGCCUCCUUGUCUGGGGAAAAGGAAAAGGAGGUGACAGGGGCUGAGCCCCCCGCCCCGCCCCGAGGGAGCCCAUGGCCAGGAUUAGUUUUUCAUAUCUCUGCCCGGCUUCCUGGUAUUUUACCGUACCUACGUUUGCACGUCAGCGGGUAACCUUUCUGGGACUUUUCCUCAUAUCCUGUCUCCUUCUACUUAUGGUUCUAGUGGACUUUCGACACUGGGGCUCUACCUCACCUCAAGAUAGACAGUAUGAAAGGUAUUUAGCUCGAGUAGGAGAACUGGAAGCUACAAACACUGAAGAUCUAACUCUGAAUUAUGGCCUUGUGGUGGACUGUGGCAGCAGUGGCUCCAGGAUUUUUGUUUAUUUCUGGCCACGUCAUAAUGGGAACCCACAUGACUUAUUGGAUAUCAAACAGAUGAGAGAUCGCAACAGCCAACCAGUGGUUAAAAAAAUCAAACCAGGUAUUUCUGCAAUGGCCGACACUCCAGAACAUGCCAGUGAUUACCUUCGCCCCCUGCUGAGUUUUGCUGCUGCUCAUGUGCCUGUGAAGAAACACAAGGAGACACCCCUGUAUAUCCUGUGCACAGCAGGCAUGAGGCUUCUUCCAGAGAGCAAGCAGUUGGCAAUACUGGCCGAUCUAGUGAGAGAUUUGCCCUUGGAGUUUGACUUCCUCUUUUCACAUUCUCAAGCAGAAGUGAUCUCUGGGAAACAAGAAGGUGUUUAUGCGUGGAUUGGGAUCAACUUUGUUUUGGGAAGAUUUGACCAUGAAGAUGAUGCAGAAGCCCUGGGUCCCCAGGAAUCAGUGGCUGGACGUAGGAGGACAGUGGGGAUCCUAGAUAUGGGGGGAGCCUCUCUCCAAAUUGCUUAUGAGGUUCCCACUUCUCCUACUUUCCUUCCUCCAGAACAGGAAGAAGCUGCCAAGGUCCUGCUAGCUGAAUUCAAUCUGGGCUGUGAUGUACAGCACACAGAGCACGUCUAUAGGGUCUACGUCACCACCUUUCUGGGGUUUGGGGGCAACUUUGCCCGGCAACGGUAUGAAGAUAUGGUGCUGAAUGAAACCUUUACCAAAAAUAGGUUACUGGGCCAGCAGACGGGCUUGACUCCAGAAACUCCCUUCCUGGAUCCUUGCCUGCCCGUGGGUCUCGAAGAUGUGGUGGAGAGGAGCAGCCAGGUCCUGCACAUCAGAGGUAGAGGAGAUUGGCUUGCAUGUGGGGAGAUGCUGCAGCCGUUGCUGUCCCGGGCCAACACCAGCCAGGCCUCUCUGAACGGCAUCUACCAGUCCCCAAUCGACUUCAACAACAGCGAGUUCUAUGGCUUCUCAGAGUUUUUCUACUGUACGGAAGAUGUAUUGCGUAUUGGUGGUCGCUACCAUGGACCAACCUUUGCCAAGGCUGCUCAGGACUACUGCAGCAUGGCAUGGCCAGUGCUAACCCAGAGAUUCAAGAAUGGCCUCUUCUCAUCCCAUGCAGACCAACACAGACUGAAAUAUCAGUGUUUCAAAUCAGCGUGGAUGUACCAAGUCCUCCAUGAAGGAUUCCACUUCCCCUAUGAUUACCCAAACCUGCAGACUGCCCAGUUGGUGUAUGACCGGGAGGUGCAGUGGACCCUGGGAGCCAUUCUAUAUAAAACACGUUUCCUGCCACUCAGGGAUCUACGACAGGAGGGUGUGCGGCAGGUCCAUAACGGCUGGUUGCGUCUCUCCUUUGUGUACAACCACUAUCUCUUCUUUGCCUGCAUCCUGGUGGUGCUGUUGGCUAUCAUUCUGUACCUUCUGCGACUGCGCCGAAUUCACCGUCGACAGGCCGGAGCCUCUGCCCCCCUGGACUUACUUUGGAUAGAAGAGGUGGUGCCCAUAAUUGGGGUGCAGGUGGGACCAUGAUGUCUGCUCCAGGACCAAAGCAUUUCAAGAACCAGAGAACUGAAGCUUGGGCUGUCCUGGCCCCUUCUUGAGACUGUCUCAGAAGCUGCUUAAUGAGCUGCGGGGCUGUUUUGUGUUGUUUUCACACCUUCCUUCUCAUGACCAGCUAUCCAAGAGAAGCCAUAACCUGAUCUGUGAAGUUAUGUAGCUGAGACACUCUGGUCUAAGCCAGAGCACUCAGCCUUACCCUGCCUAAUGCCCAUGGAGUGUGCUUCAAUCCCUUUAUCAGGGAGGGUUUGGUAUUGGAGGAAGGGUAUUCUUGAGCUAUACCCGGCUUUCACUCCCCUAGAUAAAGAAGGGAGUGUGAUGUUGAGCAAGAAGAUACUGGAACCUGAGGCUCUGAUACCAAUCCUAACAUUUUAGGAAGCGUGGCAGUCUUUUCUUUCUCUGUAACAGAGAAAUCUCAUAUGUGGAGAUCCACAGCUUUUAAUAAUGAUCCAAGGAUCUUUUGUGACCAGGGACCAGCAGAACUUCGAGGCAACCGAAAUAACACCAGUGAAUUCUUUUUACUUGGCAGUGAAGCUUUCAUAGGGUAGCCUAAGGCCUCUGGCCUAGUCUUGCUGCUAAUGUGACUUAAAUGGGGUGUGCCUUUCCCAAGGGGUUCCAUUGAAGACUCUUAUGUUCCCUGUCUGCUUGACAGGGUUCAAUUUUUUCCAUAUCAAUUUGCAGGAAAGGCUAAAAUCUAGGCAUUAUUUUUGCUUCUUGGGCCUUAAAUAUGCUUGUAGGAAUCUGGAAGCUGUAACAGAGCAGGGUCCUUGGUUUUUGUUUUUUUGUUUGUUUUUAAUUAGGAUUCCUGUCCCCCAAGCCCAUUUUAUCUGAGCCUCUGUGUCUGUUUUCUAAGCUGCCACUUCAUUUCACUGCCAAGGUAGAUGCAUAGUGUCAGAAGGGAUGUAUGUGUUUGUGUAGAAAGGAAAAGAAAUACCAGGAUUUCGGGGAAAAGGCAAUAAAAGUUGUUUUUAAAAAAAGUUAAUAAUUUUGCCUUCUGGAGGUAGCCGAGUUCCAGGUAGGAAAUGGUCUGAUCUGGUCAGUUCUAUAACUCUAAAGGCAUUCCCCUCCCCUGAGUGCUCGUACCCCGCCGUUGCCCCCGCCCUGCCCUUCCCCCCCCCCAUCCCCCCAGUUCCAUCAACAUUUCUUCAGUGAGAAUAGAGAACAGGGCGGCAAUAAUUAGACUAGAUGGUUAGAGCCAAAGGGACAAGCCUUCAUGGGGUGUCAGGAAACAACUGCUUUUUACCUCCUCUCCUUAGGCACCUUUGAUUUUUCUGUUCUUGCAAAUAGUAAAUGAAUCCAACAUAGGGAUUCCAAACCUUUCUUUGAAAAUGUUUCCUAUACGAUAUUAGGCUUAUGAUUACUUUAUCCGUUUUGUUCCCCCUCCCCCAUUUCUCUGCUUUCAUAUUUUAUAGUAAAAACAUGUUCAGUUGAGCUGUGUGUUUGGGGGGUGGGGUGGGUAGGGCAGUGACUUGGCACCAGUCCAAUUCCUUUUUUUUUUCUGCUGCCUUCCACAUGUUUGGAAUGCUGCCUUUAAGAUGAGAACUAAAUAAAGGCUUUCUAAUCAAUUGCCAAUAAGUCACAUUCAGUAUAGAAAAUAUUUGGGGGGUGAAGGGCACAGAAAGGGGGAAAGGUUGUUAAAUACGUGAAAGCACUUACUCAUGUGCAGUUAAUAUGCUUCACUGUGAUCAUUAUUUAGGUUAAAUACAUUUUAUCAUGUUUUUUGUGUAAAUUAUGUCAUAUUUUUGAUUAAUUGGAAAUGGCUUUUGGAUUUUUGAGUAUGCAUUUUUUAAUUACAAGGUCUGGAACCAAUUGUAUUCUCAGCCUCAAGUAAGUUAUUGCCCUUAAAUUGUGUGAAAACAUGGAAGGAAGAGAUCUAAAUGUUCUCUCUUAAAACUACCAAAAACAUUUAAUAUUUGCUUUCAGCAGUUUAUCUUGCAUUUCAUUCCUUUGCUUUUUCUGUUGCCCCUUUGUCAGCUUCCAAAUGAUGUCUUUUUAGAAUCAUGUAAAGAACAUCACUUCCCUGACAACAGAACAGAAGAGCUCUACAUGUUGCUUUCUUUCUUAGUACUUGUUCAUAACUGUUUACACAGUUCACUUUAGCUUUCAUUCUCUCUGCCCCAACUGAAUCUUUCAGUCGUUUUGCAUUUUUCUUCUACUUGGGUAUCCAUGAUUGGAAUUUUUCUCCCCAGAAGAGAAAUAGCUUUAUUAAAUUCAAUGUUUUUUUUACUUGCAAAUUUUAAUAUGAUCUUGGCCAUUACUGAUUCAGGUCAAAUUCUAUUACAAUAAAUUACAUUGUAACAAAAAUUAUAACAUCAUUUUCCUGAUCUCAGGAAGACAAAGAUUUCAUUUUGAAUAACUAAAUGCAAUUUGUCCUUUUGCUCUUCAACCUUAUGUCUAUAUAUUCAUUCAAUGGGAAAGCAGAAAAAAGGGUGAACAUUUAAUAGUUUGGUAUAGUACAAGUUCAAGCAAUUAACUGUUAACUUUUCACAAAUUUCCUUACUUUGAUUUCUAGUUUGGGGACAACAAAAGGAUUUUUAAAAGAUUUAGAGAGAUUUUAGAGUUGCUUGUUGUGUCCUCUUAAAGUGUUUCAACUUAUUCCAACCCUGCCUUUACUUUAAUUCGCUUUCUAGGUUUCUCAAAGUGUGGAACAUUAAAUGCCAUAAGGUUGUGAUUUCAUUUUUAUAGGAAAUCCUAACUCCCCUCUACCAACAAAUGCAGCUCAGCACCUUCUCUGCCACUCAGACUUAGAGCUGUCUAAAGCACGCAGAGAUUUAGUGAUUUGCCUGGGGUCACGCAGCCAUUACGAACCUAGGCCCUCCUGGUGGGCUAGCCCCUCAAGGGGGUUAGUUUGGGGAAAGCAAUAAUUUACUUGUGAUGAGCCUCAUAGAUGUCAUUAAUACCACUGACCUAAUUUCAUAGAUCUUUAGUCCAUGGACUAGUCUGAGAAUUUAAAGUGAGGGUUGGGCGAAGAGCCACUUUGCUGCUUUUAGAUACUAGGACCUUAAGUUGAGGGUAAAGACAUCAUUUCUAGCAGUAAUCGUUAUAGGCAAUCCCAGCAGAAUAAAAAUAUACUGAUAUGCUCUUACUCCAAAAGCUGAUUUUAACAGUCAUUUGCAUAGUAUAUUCUGAUAUAUGUUAACUACCUUUUGUGAAUAUCUCAACACCUACAAUAACCUUUGCUGUGCAUUUGAUGGCUUUGCUGACAUCUGAAUAAUUUUCAUUAUCAAAAAAUAAGUUAGCAGUGUUUAGCUAAAACCCACAUACUGGCUUAUGCUCUUCUCAAUCAGUUUUGUUAUUCUCCAACUGAGGUAAUAUUAGGCAUAUAUUUAAAAAAUUUGCCUACCUUUGUAUUAUGUAAUUCAUUCAGCCAACAGCAUCACCUAAAGUUUUUUUCCAGGCUUGUCACAUUCCAAAUUACUGAAGGACUAAAUGAAUUAUAAGCUCUACCUCAUUAAGCAAUUGGGCCGCUAGGUGGCGCAGUGGAAUCAGCAUGGGGCUUGGAAUCAGGAAGACUGGUACAUUCAAAUCCAGCCUCAGAUGCUUACUUAGCUGUGACCCUGGGCAAGUCACUUAACCCUGUUUGCUUCAGUUUUUUCAUCUGUCAAAUGGGCUGGAGAAAGAAACAGCAAACCACUCCAGUAUCUCUGCCAAGAAAACCCCAAAUGGAGUCACAAAGAGGCAGUCGUCACUGAACAACAUUAAGCACUUGGAUGAUUAUUGCAGAAGGCUUCUAAACUUCCUUUAUGUAACAGGUUUCUUUUUUGCUGCCUUUAGAGUCUUGGCAAACAGGUUUAGAAUUGUCUGGUUCUCUCUAUUUGUGCUAAUAUAUGUCUGUUAUGUCACCUAACUUAAUUUCAAUUGGAUUAAAUAGUGUGGCAGCAGCCGCAGUUGAUGCUUAGAAUUCCACUGAGUCUCUUUACUACGUUUUCAUUUUAUUGCUAUUUGUAGCCAAUUACUUGAGCCUGUAAGGCUUUUAUAUUAUCAAAAAAUAUUGCUGGAAUCAGUUCUUUGUUUUUUUGGUGAGGCAAUUGGGGUUAAAUGACUUGCCCAGGGUCACACAGCUAGUAAGUGUUAAGUGUCUGAGGCCCUAUUUGAACUCAGGUCCUCCUGAAUCCAGGGCUGGUGCUCUCUCCCACUGCACCACCUAGCUGCCCCUGGAAUCAGUUCUUAAAAGCCAAAAGUUGUGGUUCAUUUUUUACUUAAAUUUGCCAUGCAUUUUGCAAGGAGUUAUACCCUGAAAAACAAUUCCAAACAGAUCAGAGGCAGCCCAGUAAGGCUGAUGCAUUGCUCUGUAAGUCAGGGGCCUGGGGUUUUAUUCCAUUUUCCUGUUAACUCACUGUAUGACCUCAGCUGAGUUCCCCCUAUCUCUAAUUGAUUCCAGGGCCAAGCCCUUUCAGCUCUGGAAUUCUAUGCUUCUGGGUUCUUUUGCUCAGACUCUCCUUGGGCUUAGAAAGUGGGUCUGCCCUGCUUAGUCCUUUUCCUUUGUCUCUGCUCCAGCUCAUGGUUUUCCUCUCCAGCAAAGUCCAUUUUAAUCUUUUGAUAGCUAUCCUUUUAAAGUGUUUUCUUUAUAAAAAAAAUAGGUAUUAUACCCAUAUUACAGAUGAGGGAAGUGAAGGUCAGAAGGGCUAAAUGACACCUGUGGUUACCUAACUAGUAUUGAGUUGAGGACUCAAACUCAGGUCUUCUGAAUCCAAGUCUAGGGCUUUUAUGUCCUCUUUGGGUCAUUUCCUCUCUCCUGUGUUAAACUAACAAUCGGACAUCUUCAAAUUAUAACAGCGGCAUUCUCCUUCCUUGGCCCACCUUUUGGCUGUUUACAGAUCAGAAAGCAUCACCAGAAAAGAGGGUGGGGCAAAAACAUAAAUACAUACAUACAUACAUACAU